AUUUUUUUUCCUAUUUUUUUUGAAAAUAUUCAUGUAAAAUCAUUGGGUGGUUUUAAAUCACAUGAUGUAGUGACUUUUUUCUGAAAUUUUUUGUUCGGGAGAAAAUAGUUAUAACUGCUAUGAGAGAAAUAAAAAUAUUUAUAUUCCAUCAUUAUUGGAAAAAGAAUCAGCACAGCAAGCCUUUGUUCUAACAGGGAAAUUAAAUUGAUAUAGUUUUAAACAGAUAAGUGACAGCUAUCUGUGGCUGAUUUCCGUAUUUACGAGCUGUAUGAGCUAUACAAUAUUCUUCAUUGGAUAUAGGACUACUUAAAUCUAUAGGGUGUCUAAUUAAGGUUAUUUCAAGUAACUUCAAGAUUUUGAAUGGAAGUUGUCGUGUAUUAAAACAUCUGCGGGAAUCGUCAAUUGAACAGAAUUAUCUCCAUGGGAUUAAGGAAUUGUUACGUCACAGCCUAAUUAAGCAUUGGAGAUUGGUGGAUUUCAUACAGCUAUCUAUUAGAACGGAUAUAAGCCUCCUCAAAGUCUGUCAUGCUUUCACAGUAUCCGUACAUGAGAAAUUGUCUUCAUUGAAAGCAGAAUCAAUUAAUAACUCACCAUUUAAGAUAAUAAUAGAAGAAUUGACUAAUUUAUAACAUGUGUCAUUAUGUCAUUUAACAUCAUUGACAGAGAUAUGACCAAUGUUACCAACACCAGCUUACGUAAUAUUACUGAACUACCGAACAACGGAAGUCUGUUGUUAAUUGGAAUAUCUAAUGAGUAUGAACUAGUGUCCGAUGACAUGCCUUCAGCACACGAAUUAGAAAUAGUUUUAACCACCUGGGUGCCUCCUAUCCUUAUUGUUCUGGGAUCUAUUGGUAAUAUAUUGACUUUACUUAUAAUGAGGAGGCCUCCGUUUUGUCAUUACGCAAUAAGUUUUUACAUUACUGCCUAUGCUGUUUCAAGUCUGUUGGCAAUCUAUCUGUUUUUAGGCUCAGAAUGGAUAGCUUUUUUGGCCCAUGCUAAGACUAUAGACGACCAAACAGACUGGUUGUGCCGCUUGUGGCAGUUUAUCAGCCGAGCUAUUACAUAUUCAAGCAUAUGGUUCGUAGUUGCCAUGACAAUUGAUCGCUAUAUCAUUAUCUGGCAGGCCAAACAUGUAUCGAGCAUGUGUACACUGUUCAUGGCCAAGUUUGUGGCAGUGAUUAUAAUGGUUGGUCUGGUGGUAAUAAGCAUUCAUGCCAUGUGGCUUCACGAACUGAUGAUGGGUAAAUGUUACUUCUUUCACAAUGAAGAUCUACAUGCUAUUAUAUGGCCUUGGGUAUCAGCUAGUUUCUACUCGUACAUCCCAUUAACACUUAUAUUUAUAUUUGAUGUGUCAAUCUUGACGGGACUGUGCCUAAAACGUCCCACAAAAGGACGACAUCAUGAACAGUUACCAAUGGUACUGACGUACACAACCCUGGGAUUAUCAAUGAUGUAUUUUGUGUUUGUUAUUCCUCCUACCGUGAUAAACGUUGUCGUCAGAACAUAUCCUCCAUCUUGGUUAGAAGAUUUCAAAUUCAUGACACAAUUGAAGAAAGCUAGUAUAAUUAGCCAUUAUAUGGCUUGGGUAAAUACAGUUACUGUCUUUUAUGUCUGCCUUUUCUUUUCAAGAACAUUUCGUCUGGAGUUGGUAGCUUUUCAUCGUGAUUUAAUGGAGAAAUUUCGCUCAUACUGGUGUAUACAACAAAGGAGAAGGAUAUAUGAACUCCAUGUUGGAUCAAAUAGCAGUGCCGCUACCCAAGUUGAAACUGUUGAUAUGUGCACAGAAACCACACCUCUAUAAAUUAUAUCUUUAUAUAUAU